AUGUCGCCCAAAAACGAAAAUGCCUCUCGCGCCGCCCGCUGUGCUUCAUCGUUCGCCACGAUGAGACUGAAUGGUCAACACACAGGCUCUACGGACCUACUCUUAACAGAAAACGGUGAGAAGAGAGCUGAAAUCACCAAAGCUAUCCGUGAAUGGGACUAUGGUGAUUGCGAAGGCAUGAAAAGUGAGGGGAUCCGAGAGCAGAGGGCUAGGAAUGGGAUGGGUCGCGGGAUAUUUGGCGGGAUGGAUGUCCACGCGGAGACAAAGCCAUUGGGAAGGUCCGCGCAUGAGGUGCCGAAACGCGACGAUCUUGUUGUUGCCCAUGGGCACAUUUCGAGGGCGUUUGCCAUGCGCUGGAUUGGGAAACCGUUGACGGAAACUGCAUUUAUGUUGGAGGCUGGAGGAGUCGGAACAUUGAGUUAUGAGCAUCACAACAUAGACGAGCCAGCCAUUCUCCUCGGAGGAGCUUUUGAUGUUGACGACUAG